UGGAGAUAAUGUUGUGCGCAUUGAUCGUUUUAAUUAACAUACUUGAUUGUCCUCUAAUUAACUCUUACUGCGAUUUGUGGGCUUUAACCCAGGAUUUCUCCAUGACAGACCUUCAUUUUGUAGGAUGACUUCCAACAUUAUUUUAGAAGAGUUUCUUUUUAAAAAAUCUCAACAGAAGAGGAGAACCUCACCUUGUAAUUAUAAAGAAAGAUAUUUCAUUCUGAGGAAGGAUGAGCUGGCAUAUUAUGAAUAUCGGCAUGCUAAAAAGCCCACCCUUAAAGGCUCCAUAGAACUGUCAAGAAUCAAAUGCGUGGAGAUUGUGAGGAGUGACGUUCACAUUCCCUGUAGCUUCAAAUACCCCUUUCAGGUUGUCCACGACAAUUACUGCUUAUAUGUGUUUGCACCAGAUAAAGACACGCAGCAGAAGUGGGUAUGGGCCCUGAAAGAAGAAACAAAAAACAAUAAUCUUCUUAACAAGUACCAUCCAAAUUUUUGGGUGGAUGGAAGAUGGAGAUGCUGUUCUCAGACUGAAAAGCUGGCCGCCGGCUGUGUGGAAUACGACCCAACCAAAAACGGUUCUAGGAAGCCACUGCCACCAACACCAAAGGACAACCGUAGGCAGUUUUCUGACCCAGGAGCAAUGGUGGUGGUCGCUCUUUACGACUUUAUUCCUCAAGGUGCCGGCGACCUGAUGUUGCAUAGACAAGAGGAGUACAUUGUGACAGACCAGUCGGAUCCCAACUGGUGGAUUGCUCAGGACAAGAAUGGACAAAGCGGCUAUAUACCCAGCAACUUUGUUAUUGAGAAGUCUCCUGACAACUUAGAGGCUUUUGGGUGGUUCAACAAAAACAUCAGCAGAACAAAGGCGGAGCAGCUGCUCUUUCAGGAGGACAAAGAAGGAGCUUUCAUUGUGAGAAAUUCCAGACAGGCUGGAGUCUACACAGUGUCGGUGCUCACAAAAGCACUGGGCUCAACAGGAGAAAACCACCCAAAAGUGAAGCAUUAUCACAUCCGGGAGACGCUGACGGAUGAGCUCAAGUAUUACUUGGCGGAGAGAUAUGUCUUCAACUCAAUUCCAGAUCUCAUCCAUUACCAUCAACACAAUGCAGCAGGUCUCAUAACCAGACUAAGGCACCCCGUUUCAGGAGGCAGAGAAAAGGCCCCGGCUACAGCCGGCUUCAGUUACGGUAAAUGGGAGAUUGAACCCUCAGAGCUGAACUUCAUUGAGGAGGUGGGCAGUGGCCAGUUUGGCGUGGUUCAACUUGGGUACUGGAAUGGCAACUCUAAAGUAGCCAUCAAGAUGAUAAAGGAAGGAGCAAUGUCCGAAGAGGACUUCAGGGAAGAGGCUAAAAUCAUGAUGAGGCUGUCUCAUCCCAAGUUGGUCCAGCUACAUGGCGUUUGCACUAAGGAAACCUCGAUGUACCUGGUGUUUGAAUUCAUGGAUCAUGGCUGUCUGUCUGACUACCUGAGAAAUCACAAGGGCAACAUUUCCAGGGAGACCCUGCUGGGCAUGUGUUUGGAUGUGUGUGAAGGCAUGGCUUACCUGGAAAGAGCAAACUUCAUCCACAGAGAUCUGGCAGCCAGAAACUGCUUAGUAGGAGAAAACUACGAAGUGAAAGUGUCAGACUUUGGGAUGACCAGGUUUGUCCUGGAUGAUCAGUACACAAGCUCCCUGGGUUCGAAGUUUCCAGUGAAGUGGUCAGCGCCUGAGGUUAUCCAAUAUUCCAAAUUCAGCAGCAAGUCUGAUGUAUGGUCCUUUGGUGUUGUAAUGUGGGAAGUCUUCAGUGAAGGGAAAAUGCCAUAUGAGAACCGCUCAAAUGGAGAAGUGGUGGAAGCCAUUGGAGCUGGGCAGAGACUUCUGAGACCCAAACUGGCAUCUGACUUUAUCUACCAGCUAAUGGAGUGGUGCUGGAAGGAGAGACCAGAAGAUCGACCGUCCUUUACUAUUCUCUUCCACGAGCUGGCAGAACUGGCUGAUUUAUAAGUGGUGAAAUGACACCUCACAUUCGGGCAGCUCUCACAAGAUCAACAGAUACCUGAACGAGUGGCAGCCAUUAAGGAUGUGCACUGCCAGCCAGGGCUCUGUGCUCAUUUACUUCCAUCAGUGCAUUUGCAUUAAUAUUUAAUUUGAACUGUAUGUGUGUGUGUAAUGCAGGAUGUUUGUCUGCAGAGGGCAGCAGAGAGUUGCCUUCAAGUUCUCGUUCAGCAGAGAGCCGCCACACGGCUGGCUGAAAGCAGUGGUAUCAGUGCGGUGGGCUCGGUGCCCUGUGUCGAGGCUCCAUAAGAGAGAUGUUGGGCAAUCCUGAUAUUUGUCAAGUCAACACCUCAACUCUCGAGGAAGAAGGUUUGAGUGCCAGCAUUCCAAAGCAGAGGUAAUACUUCACACAGACUUCAUUAGUAUGCCUUCAGAGCGUUCUUUUGUGUUCGUUGUCCCUUAAAAUGUUGGGUACGCUAUCAACCAGCUGUUUUAAAAAUGUUUUUUAAUAUGUAAGAGAAAUCAACAGCUUCUAUUGCUUGUUAUCUGCUUAAUGAUAUGUUAGUUGAGUGAAAGAAAUGAAGAGAGGAGAAGACGAGAAGGUUUCACGGAUAGGAAGUCAGAGGUUACACUCUCGAGUAGGUCCGCUUCCAUGAAGCGUCUCAGCAACGUGUCCCAGUUUUAUUGGGUGAAUGAAAUUCUAAAGAUGUUAUUGUUAUUGAAUACAUAUUAUUUAUAGCAGGGGUCGGCACCCUUUCAGCGGUGACGUGCCAAACCUAUGUUACAAUGUUAUUUAGCGUGCCAACAUAAUUCUACCAAUUUUGUUAUAUAUAAUAUCGAAAUUAGUCCGGUUAUAAUGGGCAUUAAAAGUAUAUUAUAACCGGAUCUUAUAUUAUUGGCCAUUCAGUCAUUGUUUAAUCUGCUAUAUCCUAACACAGGGUCACUGGGGGUCAAUCCCAGGGUGCAAAGCAGGAACAAAUCCCUGGACAGGGUGCCAGCCCACUACAGGGCACACACACACCUAACCUGCAUGUCUUUGGACUGUGGGAGGAAACCCACGCAGACAUGGGGAGAACAUGCAAACUCCACGCAAGGAGGACCCGGGAAAUGAACCCAGGUCUCCUUACUGCCAGGCAGCAGCGCUGCCACUGUGCCACCGUGCCACCCCAUUGGCCAAUUCAAUAUUGUAAAAAGUGUGUCAAAAUUCAGUGGUUGAGGAUGGUAAUCAGCUGUAAACUGCAACAAAACUUGCCGUUAUGUUUUAGUUCGACUUUCUUUGCCAUAAGGAAAGUUAGCUUUUUUGAUUUGACCUCGAUUCCCUGUGCGUGUGUGAGUAGUGAAGCACAAACAACAUCUAAAAUGGCAUCGACCUCUGGUGAAAGACCAAAGCGAAAGCACAAAGCAAAAUACUCCGUAGAUGACGAUUUGCUUAUUAUCACUGAAUCAAACUCUGACUUCUCAAACUCUGAUUUUGAUGCAAGUGAUCUGGAGAUGGAGGUAGCUGAUCGCUCCAAAGAUGAUUGUGGUACUGAGCAUGUUCGUGUAGCUCAGGGGUCUCCAGCUCCGGUCCUGGAGGACCACCGUGGCUGCAGGUUUUCAUCCUAACCUUUUUCUUAAUGAGUGACCUGUUUUUGCUGCGAAUUCAAUUCUACUGAAUUCAUUUUAAUUGACUUGUUCUUGAAGACUCAGACUCCUUAAUUGUUUCUUUUUCCUUAAUUAGCAGCCAAACAAUAAUGAGACACAAAAUGAGCCAAAACAACUGGUGUCCAUCAUACAAUAUCUGAACAUAAAGAAUGAUGAAGGUCUCAGGAAUGAGGAUCUGCUCAGGUCCCCAAAACAUUUUAACAGAGCUCUUAGAAAAGAGGAGAUUAACGAUUUCGGAAAUGUCUGCUAAUGCAUCAUGACAGUAGCAUCAAGCCAUGGGAUUAAAGAACGGGUUUAAUUAACAACAAGACUCGGCACCUCAUUAAGCAGCUUGUUGGAGUGGAGUUUGAGGCCCUGACUUAGUUGGUCUUCUGUUGACUCACACACUUCAAAUUUCAUUUCUGUGUAAGGAAAUAAAUGAAGCAGUUCAGAGAAAUGAUGAAUGUAGUGAAAAGUCAAGCAAAAUGACACCUUUUAUUAACUAACUAAAAAGAUUACAAUAUGCAAGCUUUCGAGGCAACUCAGGCCCCUUCUUCAGGCAAAAAUGUAAUACAGAAAAUGGAGUUCCCUGUGUUUAUAUACACACACUAGGACAAGAAACAACAUUGGAAAACCUUUAAAUGAGACCUCUUACAUGUAAAAAAUGAAUAGACUCCUUCAGGCUAGGGUUCAUUUAACAAGAGAGAAGAACAAUGUAUA